AUGGCCCAGCUGUACUACAAAAGGGUCAACUACUCACCCUACAGAGACCGAAUCCCCCUGCAAAUUGUGAGGGCUGAGACGGAGCUCUCUGCAGAGGAGAAGGCCUUCCUCAGUGCCGUGGAGAAGGGGGACUACGCCACUGUGAAGCAGGCCCUCCAGGAGGCCGAGAUCUACUACAAUGUCAACAUCAACUGCAUGGACCCACUGGGCCGGAGCGCCCUGCUCAUUGCCAUUGAGAAUGAGAACCUGGAGAUCAUGGAGCUACUGCUGAACCACAGCGUGUACGUCGGUGACGCAUUGCUCUACGCCAUCCGCAAGGAAGUGGUGGGCGCUGUGGAGCUUCUGCUCAGCUACAGGCGGCCCAGUGGAGAGAAGCAGGUCCCCACUCUGAUGAUGGACACCCAGUUCUCUGAGUUCACACCGGACAUUACUCCCAUCAUGCUUGCUGCCCACACCAACAACUACGAAAUCAUCAAAUUGCUCGUCCAAAAACGGGUCACUAUCCCCCGGCCCCACCAGAUCCGCUGCAACUGUGUGGAGUGUGUGUCCAGUUCAGAGGUAGACAGCCUGCGCCACUCCCGCUCCCGGUUGAACAUCUAUAAAGCGCUGGCAAGCCCCUCACUCAUCGCCUUAUCAAGCGAGGACCCCAUCCUAACUGCCUUCCGCCUAGGCUGGGAGCUCAAGGAGCUCAGCAAGAUGGAGAAUGAGUUCAAGGCUGAGUAUGAGGAGCUCUCCCAGCAGUGCAAACUCUUUGCCAAAGACCUGCUGGACCAGGCUCGGAGCUCCCGGGAACUGGAGAUCAUCCUCAACCAUCGAGAUGACCACAGUGAAGAGCUUGACCCUCAAAAGUACCAUGACCUAGCCAAGCUGAAGGUGGCCAUCAAAUACCAUCAGAAAGAGUUUGUGGCCCAGCCCAACUGCCAACAGUUGCUUGCCACUCUGUGGUACGAUGGCUUCCCUGGAUGGCGGCGGAAACACUGGGUAGUCAAGCUUCUGACGUGCAUGACCAUUGGGUUCCUGUUUCCCAUGCUGUCUAUUGCUUAUCUGAUCUCACCCAGGAGCAACCUUGGGCUGUUCAUCAAGAAACCCUUUAUCAAGUUUAUCUGCCACACAGCCUCAUAUCUGACCUUCCUCUUCAUGCUUCUCCUGGCUUCUCAGCACAUCAUCAGGACGGACCUCCAUGUGCAGGGGCCUCCCCCGACUGUAGUGGAAUGGAUGAUAUUGCCUUGGGUUCUCGGUUUCAUUUGGGGGGAGAUUAAGGAAAUGUGGGAUGGUGGAUUUACUGAAUACAUCCAUGAUUGGUGGAACCUGAUGGAUUUUGCAAUGAACUCACUCUACCUGGCAACUAUUUCCUUGAAGAUCGUGGCCUAUGUCAAGUAUAAUGGUUCUCGUCCAAGGGAAGAAUGGGAAAUGUGGCACCCAACUCUGAUUGCAGAAGCUCUCUUUGCGAUAUCCAACAUUUUAAGUUCGUUGCGUCUCAUAUCCCUCUUCACAGCCAACUCCCACUUAGGGCCUCUGCAGAUCUCUUUGGGGCGCAUGUUGCUUGAUAUCCUCAAAUUCCUCUUUAUCUACUGCCUGGUACUGCUGGCUUUUGCCAAUGGAUUGAACCAGCUUUACUUUUAUUAUGAGACCAGAGCAAUCGAUGAGCCCAACAACUGCAAGGGGAUCCGAUGCGAGAAACAGAACAAUGCCUUCUCCACGCUCUUUGAAACCCUUCAGUCACUCUUCUGGUCUGUAUUCGGCCUUUUGAAUCUCUAUGUUACCAAUGUAAAAGCCAGACACGAGUUCACAGAGUUUGUGGGAGCGACCAUGUUUGGGACGUACAAUGUCAUCUCCCUGGUAGUGCUGCUGAACAUGCUGAUCGCCAUGAUGAACAACUCCUACCAGCUUAUUGCCGAUCAUGCCGAUAUUGAGUGGAAGUUUGCAAGGACGAAGCUCUGGAUGAGUUACUUCGAUGAAGGCGGCACCUUGCCACCUCCUUUCAACAUCAUCCCCAGCCCCAAGUCAUUUCUAUACCUUGGUAACUGGUUCAACAACACCUUCUGCCCCCAAAGAGACCCUGAUGGUAGACGGAGAAGGCACAACUUGAGAAGCUUCACAGAACGCCAUGCUGACAGCCUGAUACAGAAUCAACAUUACCAGGAAGUUAUCAGGAAUUUAGUCAAAAGAUAUGUGGCAGCUAUGAUAAGAAAUUCCAAAACAAAUGAGGGACUAACAGAAGAAAAUUUUAAGGAAUUAAAGCAGGACAUUUCCAGCUUUCGAUAUGAAGUGCUUGACCUCUUAGGAAACAGGAAGCACCAAAGGAGAAGUUUUUCCACUAGCAGCACUGAACUCUCUCAGAGAGAUGAUACCAAUGAUGGCAGUGGCGGAGCUCGGGCCAAAUCCAAGAGCGUCUCUUUCAAUUUAGGCUGCAAGAAAAAAGCCUGCCAUGGGCCACCUCUCAUCAGGACCAUGCCAAGAGUUGGUGGUGCCCAAGGGAAGUCAAAAGCUGAGUCAUCAAGCAAACGCUCCUUCAUGGGUCCCUCUCUCAAGAAACUGGGUCUCCUAUUCUCCAAGUUUAAUGGUCAUAUGUCUGAACCCAGUUCAGAGCCGAUGUACACAAUUUCUGAUGGAAUCGUUCAGCCGCACUAUAUGUGGCAGGACAUCAAAUAUUCUCAGAUGGAGAAAGGGAAAGCAGAGUCCUGUUCUCAAAGUGAAAUUAACCUCAGUGAGGUAGAAUUAGGUGAAGCCCGGGGCGCUGCUCAGAGCAGUGAAUGCCCUCUAGCCUGUUCCAGCUCUCUUCACUGCGCAUCCAGCAUCUGCUCCUCAAAUUCUAAACUUUUAGACUCCUCAGAGGAUGUAUUUGAAACUUGGGGAGAGGCUUGUGACCUGCUCAUGCACAAAUGGGGUGAUGGACAGGAAGAACAAGUUACAACUCGGCUCUAA